AUGUUGCUAGAGUCCUCCUUGCCUGGCACAGUCUGCAUUUCCCACGUUCCUCUGAACUAUGCUUCCUAUGAAGUGAUAAUCCCAUGGCAGAUAUCAUCCAGGGUAGGCAAAGCCAAGAGAGACCAAAUCUCAUACGUCAUCAAGGCAGAAGGCAAGAACCACAUUGUUCAUUUAAAACAGAAAGAGAUCAUAAUAAAAAAAUUCCCAGUCUUUACAUACAAACAGGACAGGCUGCAGCUGGGCUACCAUGAGAUCCAACAUGACUGCUACUAUCACGGUUAUGUAGAAGGCAGCACAGAUUCAUUUGUGAGCCUCAGCACUUGCUCAGGACUCAGAGGGACUUUCCAGGUUGAUAAUGCAACAUACAACAUAGAUCCCUUGGAGGGUUCCCAUGUAUUUCAGCACCUGGUGUAUCGCGUAGGGGAAGACAAAUUCAAUCCGGGAACCUGUAGGCUACGUGGUGAAGCGAUGCCGUAUUUAGUAGCGGACUUGGUGCAAGAACAGAUUUUAAGAAAGCAGAAAGUAUUUAAUCCAUGGAAACACUCUAAAUACCUGGAGCUUUUUGUUCAAGUGGAUUUAAACAUGUUUAAAAGAUAUGAUCAAAACGUAAGCUUAACUGUGCUUCGUGUGGUCCAGCUUAUUCAAAUGGUGGAUGACAUGUUUUUUGCCCUUGGUCUUCGUAUACUCCUUGUUGGGAUUGAGAUUUGGACAGAAAAGAACAAGGUUUUGGUCACUAACUUUUUAAAUGAUACCAUUGCAUUCUUUAACAGGUGGAGAGUAAAAAAGCAUCUUCUGCGGCUGCAGCAUGAUGUAGGUAUACUUUUACAUGCUCGUUCUAGGGGCCAAAUGAGUGAUGCGUAUGGCACCUUUGGAAGUCUCUGUGAUGAGAAACACGCAGCAGCUUUACUAUCUACCAGGCAGAUGGCCUUGCUGCAUUUUGCCAUAGCUGUCGCACAUGAAAUAGGGCAUGUUAUUGGCAUGCCUGAUGAUGAGUCAAAUUUAUGUUACUGUGGUCCCAGCAAUAAAUGCAUUAUGAGUCCUCAAGGCCCUUCUGGUGAAAACCCUCUCUUCAGUAAUUGCUCUGCUAGAAGUUACUUUCACAUCAUUUGGUCCAGGAAAGCUCAAUGUUUGAACAACAUCCCAGACAACAGCAGAUUAUUUGCACAGCGCUCUUGUGGGAAUGGGAUUGUAGAAGAAGGAGAAGAAUGUGAUUGCGGGGACAAGGAGCCAUGUAAAAAAGACAUGUGCUGCCAAGAGGAUUGCACAAAGGCCAAGGGGGCAUUGUGCACUACUGAGUUGUGUUGCAGAGAAUGUGGAGUAGCCCCAAAAGGAACGCUCUGUAGAGAAGCCACAGGUGAAUGUGACUUGCCCGAGUAUUGUAGUGGGAAGACUGUGGAGUGCCCUCCAGAUAUCGUUGUACAAGAUGGAAGCCCAUGCAGUGACAACGGCUACUGCUACUCAGGGACCUGCUCUACCCACACGUUGCUAUGCCAGAAAAUAUUUGGCAUAGAAUCCCAAAGUGGGCCCUUAUCUUGCUACCAAACAGUGAACUCAAUGGGGGAUCGAUUUGGCAACUGUGGUGGACAAGCAGGUGAUGGGGAACCCACUGACUUUAAAAAAUGUGAUCAGAAUAGCAUCCUAUGUGGGCAAGUGCAGUGCGUAAACAUCCACACGCUACCUCAAUUGGAUGAACAUACAACUGUCAUUCAGACGCCUAGUAUGAAUGCAAUGUGCUGGGGAUUAGACAGGCACAUUGGAAUUACUUCAAGUAACGCCGGUGCCGUGGAAGAUGGGACCAAGUGUGGCAAAGGUCGCGUUUGCAACUCCAAUCAAAACUGCCACUGCCUCUAUGGUUGGGAGCCUCCGGGGUGCAGUAUCCUAGGCUAUGGGGGAAGCACUGACAGUGGGCCUGCCCCACGGGCUGCAGGUUUUAGCAAGGUAGACUUCUAUGUUGGGGCUGGAGUUGCUGUUGGCUUUGGCCUUGUUGUAGGUGUCCUGUUAGUCAUGGUUCUUUGCAAAUGGCGGCAAGUUUCAGAUAAUCCUCAAGGGGAUUGA